GAGACUAGACAGUCACCGGCGACUCUUCACACGUAUUGCUCGUCGAUCCAAGAUCAAGAUGCACAAGAAGGUUGUGUUCUUCCCGGGGAAAAUCUGUGUUGUGUUCCGCAAGGGACCACUCGGAUUUCUCCUCCAGGAUCCGUCUGAAGAAGCCAGACGGAUCAAGGACAACCCCAGUAUGCAGGACAAAUCUGCACCGCUGAGAGAGGAUCUCGUGCGGAAGAAUGCCCUGGCUGCGGUCCGUCAGAGAGGAGGGGAUGCCUCAGACAGCGUGGAGGUGCUGGCAGAAUACAUCCUCCAGUUUGGGAAGUACAAAGGCAAGUCUUUCAGGUGGCUUUUGGAAAAUGAUGUAGGGUACACUAUGUAUCUUAUCAAGAGCCUCCAGAAGGAGGAGGCCUCAGGUAUUUGUAUGGGUGAAGGGAAUAGCAAGGACAGCCUACUGUCUUUUGUGAAUUAUGCUCUGAGUUUUGCAGAGAUCCAGUCUCUUCUCAACUAUGAGGCCAGUGGAGUGGGUGUUGCGGCAUCCUCAUCAGACGACGACCAGCUCGUUGGCUUCGGCUCCCGGGCCAAGAGCACCUGGAAGGAGAUAUGGGAUAGCAGAGCUGAUGGCUACGCAAACUUCGUCUUGGGGAAGACCUGCGUCCCAGGGACACGCAUGUUCAAGCUGCAGCAGUACCUGAGGAAGAGGCAGCAAGCUGCCUCUGCUGCCACGACUGCUGAGCAUGCCUCAAAGGCAGCAGCUAUACCCCUGGUGAUGGAAGAGGAUGAAGACCUGGAGACGGCGAUGUUGAGCAUCUCACCCUCCAAGCUAGAAGCGCAUAGCUUUGCUGUGCCAGCAGUAGAAGCACCUGCCAUACCAGAAGUGUCGCCAGGAGCAAAGACAGGACUAUGAAUUGAUCCCGCCAUGAUGAACUGAUUCCGACCACAGUGAUGUUCCAACUGCGGCGCUGUCCAAACCCUGUCCCGAUACAACCGCUGAACUGCAGGCAUCACCAGUUGAUGCUCCAGCCUCACCAGGUGUGAAGAGCAAGACACCUGU